CGCUCGAAUUGAGAUACAAUUACGUUCGAUUAACGAUCGAUCGACAUACGUGAAGUUGCGCGCGUCGAGUACACGCAGAUCGAUACACGGUGUUCGCUCCGAAGGGAUUUAUUUCUCGCGUCGCGGUUCGAAUCGUACUCAAUAUCCGCUCGGUUUGUGUUUGGGUAUGACAGAUCGCCGGUGGUGCUCGAGGAUCGAUCGCGCCGCGAGCAUGGGGCAGGACAAGGAGCAGUGAUCCCGUUUCGGCGUACAGUGUCGAGGGCGAGGGGGAUUAAGAGUGCGGCGGCCGGUGGAAUCGUUAUGAGCUCGUGAAAGGACGCAAAGGACGAACGAAGAGAAGAUGUUGUGCCUGAAGAAACGGAGGACCUACAGUUUCACGCAGGGGGCCUGCGCGGCGCUCCCGAGGCGAUCGAAGAAGGAUAAUAAUAAUCGCUAUGAGGGGUCCUUGAACAUGGCGAUUACGACACUGCCGCGCAAGAACAGGAGCAGAGAGGAGAGACCAUCCAGAAUGGUUCUUACCGUGACCGAGGACACUCCGGCAGAUAUGCUGGCCGGAAGUAUGGAGCUUCUGGUCCAGCUGCCUGUUGACCAUCAUGUUCACACACAGAGGGUCACAGUGUUACGAAGCACGCCGAUGAUGGAUCUCCUCGUGCAGAUCGCGACGGCGCACAAAUUGACGGCAUCGAGCUACACCCUGCAGGCGAUCGGCGAACGCGGCUUGGUUCUACCUCAUCACCCGAACACCCCUAUAGGAGCUUUGGACGCACUUCAGGUUAAAUUACUUCCCAAGCAGGGCACUUGCGUACCGCGGAAAACGAAGCAGACUAAUCAACCUUUCGAAACGACGUUUAGAUUGCAGGUGCAUCUGCCGAGAAAUCAGCUGUACGUGUCGAGGGUCAGUCCGAAGAUGAACCUGGGAGAAAUUCUGGACGAAGUGUGCCGCGAGAAGAAUCUGGACAGGAACAAGUACGAGCUUCGUCAUCCAGCCAACCUGGAGGAGACGCUGGACCUGGCGCUGUCGCUGCAGGACUACCACCUGCAGGAGGUGACUCUGUACGCGAAGCAGGCGCGGACCCUCGGCCCGACGCUCAGCACGCAGGACAUAAUGGCGCUGCAGCGGCAGGAGGAGCGGCGCCGGCAGCAGACGAAGCAGAGCGUGUUCGGCUUCAUGUUCAAGAAGUCCAAAGAGAGCUCGGUGAGCACAGACAGCUUAGGCGGGCGCAGCGUGUCGCCGGCCAGGAGCGACGAGACCGGCAGGAGCGCCAGUCCUCUUCAGCCGCCGGCUCGGCCGCAACGGAAACGCAGACCGGCCCCGAAGCCGCCUACCGACGCGGUCGAUCAGGACGACACGCCCGGACAGGACAGCAGCAAGGACAAGAUGAUGAUCAAUCACAGCCGCAAUAGCAGCGACAGCUCGGGUUACCACGAAGCUUCCGUUCUCAGCGACAACCCGGACUCGGCUGCCGCACGGCUGCCGGAGACCCUGCCCCGAAGAAGCAAGGCACCCGGGGCGUCCGACAACCCCAGGAAAUUGGCGCACACCUCGCAGUCCAGCAAGAGCUUGGGCAACCUCGCGGCUGCGGCCGCGGCAACGGCCAGUGGCGGCACGCUCUCUCGGGGAAUCAGCAGCACCUCGCUCAGCUCCACCGGUCUCCGAAAGAAGAGAGCCGCUCCUCCCCCGCCGGCGCCGCGACCGCUCUCGUCAGCUAUUUCCACGCAGGCCUUGGAGCGCAUCGUCGACUCGGAGGAGUCACUCACGUCCGACAUGGAUCCGUCGAAGCCACCGUCGGACAUCGGCGCGCCUUCCAAAGCGAGCUCGGACAUCGACUGUCCAAAGGCCAGCUCGGACAUCGGCGUCAGCACGCAGUCGAUGCGCCGGUCUGCGGGCUGCAAGCCGCGCGCAGAAGCCGCCGUGACGACGUCCAACGUUCCUCAGCAGAGCCCCGAGGCGCGUUCCAUUAAGUCAGACCCGGUCGUAGACCGUAAGCUCCUCGCCGACCCGGAAGCGCCAGUCGCGCCCGUAGAAGCAGCCCCGAGGCUAGAGCAAGCUAGAGUAGCGGCCAAAAGAGUUGGAGAACCUGCACCCCUUCCCAUGCCUCGAAAGAUUAUCGCGGCUAAUAGCUCUCCGAUAGCUCCGAAGGCGCCUAAACGCAAAGUAGCCGAAGUCGCGCCCUUGGCACUGCCGAGAACCUUGAGCGUGGAGCGCGACAGCGCGCACGGUUUAUCGCUCGACGAGCCCACGAGCAGCCGUGAGCAGGUCGAUAAAGUACAGCCCAGCUCCGCUUCGAGUUUCAAGAGCACGGUGGACGGCGAAGGUGCUCUCGCCGCGCGUGUCGAGAGAGAAGAAGAGGCGCACUCGAAGUCAACGGGAGACAAGUGCGCGCCCGUCGACGAGGAUAAGACGGGCCAGCGAUGGAGAAAGUUAUCGAAAACUAUCAACGACGUCAAGGCUGAAGAUGACGCAUCCUCGAGUCACGAGGAAAUGGAGAGCGGCGUCGAAUCGGGCAGGAAAUCCCCGGGACCGGCGCGCGCCGGAACCGAAGACGAAUCUCCGCAGGAGGACGAGACGGGCCGAAGGAGCGACGAAGGAGCGCUGAGCGUUGCCGACGACGUUGCAGCGGAGGACCUCACGAAUCGACCUUCGAGUCACGCAGACGCCAUGUGCGAGUCGAGUCCCAAUUCUGCGGAUCGGAGCGUGUCAUCGGGGGACACGUCGUCGCUCGAAGUCACGCCCGAGAAGCGAGAGGCCGGUUCGUCGACGCGCAAGUCAUCGGAGGACGACAGUCCGAACGAGAGUGUGAGCGAUCGCCAGCCGGAGGAACGAACGGGUCGCCGAUCCGCCUGCCCGGAAAGGCCGGCCAGGUCGCCGCGGAAGACGGCCCGCGAGAGGAACGUUCAUCCGGGGGACGCCGUGACGACGAAGAGCGGCGUCCUCGGCAAAAGCAGGGAAACCUGCACGGUAAUUUCCACCAUACCGAAGUGCGAGCGUCUCGACGCCCUGAAGGAACACGACGUCUCGCAUGUGAGCACUUUCACCUGUGCGAAACGCGACGUCGCGUCGACGGACCGUCAUCAUCGGUCCGAUGAGCGUCCACAGGCGACGAAGAAUGCGGAGGAUGGCGGAGGAGACGAGGAGCCGAGCGUUAACAUGAGGAGCGCUAAACGCUCGAAGGUGAUCCGAAGCCAGUCCAAGUCGGACGACUUCCAGAUGGACAGCCUGGAGAGGCAGAGGCGACACCUCACCUCGCCUCCGGAGGACAUUGUGUACGCGUUGAACCUGCACUUACCUGAACCCACGCGAACCUCCGUGUCCUCGAGCCUCGCGGGGGAGAAGGAACAGGCCGGCGCGGCUAAUGGUACAAGGGAUGCGGAUGUAGAUAACGGAGAGUCGUGCGGUGGAUUAGUCACAGCAGCAGCCAAGGAGGUCACACCGUCUGAGACCGACAUCCUGCUGCAGAAGGUGUCGGACACCCUGUCGAGUGCGUUGCCGUUGACCUCGGAGCCGCCGCAGCUGGAGUACACGGGCGGCGCGUCCGUGCGAGCGACGAUCGACGCCAAGCUCGCUUCCAGCUGCAGUUCGAAGGACCAGUCGAACGAGGUCUCGAGGUCGUCGUGCAUGGACUUCCCGGCGGGCACGUUGAGCUCGAGCACCCCGAACAUGACUUCGCAGCAAGACACCUCCGACUACGUGUCGGCGAUGGGCGAGGACCUGUCCAUCAGCGAGUGGGAGUACCAGCUGCCGGCGCCGCCGAGCGCCUUCCGCGACUCCCAGUCGCCCGUCUUCGACGACUACGACACGGUCACCCUCGGCUCCGUGGAAGCGUUCAAGGAGCCGCUGGUGAUCCACCCGUCGACGGACAGUUGCGACGGCUCGAGGAAGCAGAGGCUACCGAAGAGCCCGUUGGACGACGCGAGCCGCGCCACGAGGAAGGCCACGAGCGCGAAAACGGUGCCCGAGACGGAGGUCGACGACGACGCGAAGCGAGCGGCGAGUAAGCAGAGUGCCGCCAAGGCAGCGUCCACGAGCGUCCCAGCCAGGUCGGAAGCUAGCGCAGACCCGCGGAAGGAGAUGAUUUCGGAGCUGGAGAACAAGAUCGAGAGCGGCACGUUGGCCCAGGCGAUCGGCAAAGACUCGGACCGGAGAGAUCUGGACAACGUGUCCGCACCGAAAAUCGCGCCCGUCGACAACACCCUGUCGAACUUCACCAUCACCACGUACACCAAGCAGAAGAGCCUGGACAUCUUCGAGGAGUUCGAGGAGUCCGAGGAUUACGCGAGGAGCUCGGACGAGAGAUUCAUCAAGACGUUCGCCACGCUGUCGAGGAGCAACGCGCACGAGAACAAGAGCAGCGCCGCGAGGAACCCCGGCUGGCUGACCAAUGGCGUGGCCUCGUCGCACGACAACAGAAUCACCGCGAGGGGGAAAGCCGCCGAGGAAGCCGCCGAGCGCAAAACGGAGCCAAAGAUUUGGGAGCAGGACGAGCCGCCGUGCAACAACAGGUGGCAGGCUCUCAACGCGGCCAACCACGAGAAAGCCAGCAACGUGCAGCGGUCCAAGAGCUACGUAUCGGCGACGAACUACGCCAAGUACCAGACGAAGCCGGUGAACGAGAGAAAGCACGAGCCGCGCGUCGACGCGCCGGAGGCCGCCGCCGCGAUGAAGAAGGCCACGAGCGUCAGCAGCCUGAACGUCGUCGACGCGCCGAGGACGAACGAGAAGUUCUCGCAAUGGAGGGACAACAUAUUGAAACGCCAAGAGGAAUCUACCAAAGAGAAGCAAUUACAAUCAUUGCAGGUGCUGAAAAGCAUUUUGCCGCAGUUGAAGAACGCUCAACAGGCGGAAGAAAAUGUGUCCAAAGAAUACAACAGUGCCUUAUUAAUCGAAAAAACGAAACACGAGGCUGGGUCCAACGAGCAUUCGAGCAAGACGAAUGUAGUUUCGACACGCGAAUCUCGGGAUACGGAGACGUCGGAGUGCAAGCAGCCGUCGAGAGAAGAGAGCAUCAAACGUUACACUUACACCGGCCCGCCGGCGAUCAGUCUGGGCAGCUGGUCGGAAAGACCCAGCGUCAACGUCCAAAUCAAGAUGGACACCGAUUACAAGCUAGGGAGGAGCAACGCGAGCGGCAGCAAGACCGUGGUGAGCAUCAACGGCGCGAAGGAGGAGACGGACUCCGCUCACUACACGAACAACAUCAGCGGCAGGCACAACCAAGCCAAGCACGAGAUCAAGAUCGACUCUAAGGCUCGCGACGAGCUGACGCAGAGGUCGCUGAUCACGCACACGACGGCGACCGGUUUCAAGAAGCCGUCGUCGUCGAAUCGAGUCCUCGUCGACUCCGACCGGCGGCCGGAGGAGGACCGGCCCGUCGUGACGGCCGUCGAGCUGAAGAAGAGCUUCGUCGAGGUGCGGGAACCGUCGAGGAACGGCGAGAGCGAGAUCGAUACCACGCCGGUGAAUUUCAAGGAAUUGACAAAGACGUUCGGUCAGCACGUGAAUUUUAAACCGAAGCCUAAACGCGCCAACGUCAACAGACACUUCUCCGUGGACGGUGGGCAGCCGGAGGAGACGGAUACGGGUGUCAAGCAGAACGGUCACGCCAAGUUCGCGAGGGCCGAGAACGAGAACCUGCCGUACAAAGGCUUGACGAACGGCACGCAGCCGAGUUCCCGGCUGAGGAAGUUCACGUCCGUCGUGGGCGUGAACGGCCAGAACUUCGGCCAGCAGAACGAAACGGUGGUUCUCCGAAGCAGCAGCAACAACGCGAAGAUCAGUCAGCCGAUGCCUGUCGUGAAGGGCUUCAAGAUACCCGUCAACGACGCCAAGACGACGAGCAAUGGCCAGGUGAACCAAAACGGACUGUCGACGGUCGACGGCCCCAGGAAGAACGCGCAACCACCUAAGCCGCCGACCAUGCCCGUGAUCACAGGGGUGACGCUGAAGAGUGCCAGCGCGAGACCCAAGUCGAUGCCGGCUGAGGCGGACCCGAGGGAUAUGCUGUUGGAGUCCAUCCGGAACUUUGGUGGACGCGGAAAGUUAAAGAGUACUACGGAGAGAUUCUAGUUUACGCGCAAUCCUCACGAAAGCAUUCACGGAGCAGACUGAGUAGAGCGAAGAGUCCACUUGGGGGCGGAAGUGCUUCAAGAUUCGCUAACUUCUUUUUUUAUUUCUUUCGUCGGAUACAAAUUUAUAUUAUUCGUUUCACCAGAUUAUUGGAUGUGUUUAGUUCCAUUUGGAAGAUUUUCUGUUUUACGAAAGGUAUAUGCAAAAAAAAACAUUAAAAAAAAUUGCCUUUGACCCUGGAGUACUACUAUGAGGACGUUCUUUCAAAAAUGGAAUACGAGUCACUCGGCUCGUGUUAUUUCUUUUAUAUCUGUACAUUUCUUUUAUAUUUGUACAUUUCUGUCUUAUCUUUUCGUAUAUAUAUAUUAUUAUUAGUAGCUAAGUGACACUAAGUAAUCAACUUUUGUUUGAUAUCAUUUGAUUUUCCUAGUAGUAUUUUAGGGUUGAUGUAAGAAUAUAUAUUUUAAACGAUAUUAAAAAGAAAAGAAUGAAAAAUAUUUUUGAGGGGCAUUUACAUGUUCUACGUGUAAUAUAUUCGCCGGAAUAGAGAAAGGUAUUUGCGAUUUUUGCGUCAACAUUCAACGUGGAGCAAAGAGAGGUCCACCAAUGCGAUAUUAGUGAAGAUACUGCGAGACUUCUCUAGAGUUACAUCUCUCAUUUGUGUAUAUCUUCUCUCGAAUACCGGGAUGGAGUCCGAUGAUAUGUUGCUCCACGUUGGUCAUGUAAAUACGAUGUACAAAAAGAGAAAUAUGCUGAGGCAGCCAAGAUUGCCGUGAGGCGAUGGGAAAUGUAUAUAUUGUUUGCGCUUGAUCGUAUAUAGAAAGAGGAGAAGAUACCUUUACUUGAAUAGUCAUGAAUCCGACAUUGCUCAUCAAUUAAUACGAAAAGGUAUAGAGAGGGAGAGAGAGAGAGAGAGAUUAAUUCCCUUUACACAGUUCGGUAAAACCAUUCGACCCUAGCUUUGGUGCGGUGUAUACUGAUAAAAAAACACACACGCGCGCGCGCGCGCGCACACACACACACACACACACACACACACACACACACACACACACACACACACAAAUAUAAUACCAAAGUUAGUCGUGGACGGAUCGCGAAUAUCGGAAUACUACUAAUAAGCGAUUUAAUGCCGAGACUAACAUACACAAUUAACUCGCAGUUAAUUUGUAAGUAAGUUUCUAUGAACGGGACCAAAGGUGACAUCUUAUUUUACGUAUUGUACAACGAAUUUAGAGAUGUAUUAGAAUACGCGUUAUCGUACCGUGCCGAGAAUAGUCCUUUCCCUAAAUCUGGUCAAUUGAGUUGCGUGAAUCGGAACCCGCGCGAUUGGAUCUUUGAUGAUGAUGAUGAUGGUGCGUAGGAUUGAUCUACGAUCACACACACACACCCGGGAGGAGGGUGUUAUUACUUAAUUUAACGUCGAGCGACUUUUAUUUUCCUCCAUGUGGGCACCGUAUCGGACGCACGACGCGACGUCGGUUGCAUCGCGCUCUCGUACGUGUCCGAAUACAAAUUGUUGUUUUCUUUUUGUUGGCAUUAUCCAAGUACGGAAACCGUUUAUAUUUUAAUUCCUUACGGCAUAAUAAUAAUUACGUUUCUCGGAAAAGCUGAGACAGCUACGUAGCUUUCUCAUCGUCGUUAGAGCGCUUGUAUACCAGGGCCACAGGAUGCGUACCGUUCCGUUUCUCGGAGCGACAGCGUCUGCGAUUCAUCACUUUCUCAGAGCGAAGAAAGAGCAAUCGGUGUCACUCUGCCACGAGAAAAAGAGAGACGAAGAGAAAGAGAGAGAGAGAGAGAGAGAGAGAGUGAGAGAGAGAGAGAGAGAGAGAGA